GUUUUUACAGUUCACGCGGGCAGCGGCAGGCGGCAGCAGGUUUCUCGAAGUACCUAACCUUAGCUUCUCGAAGUAGAAGAAACGCCCCCUCAACAAUUCUUUAUUCUUACACUUUAUUCUUACAUAGGAGGUAACCUAGUUAUUCAGUUGGUUGUCUCUCUUUAUUCCGGACCUCCCACGCGCAACCGUCCACCCACCCACCCAACCAACCAUAAAUAACCAAAGAGACUUAAUUAUUAGACGAACGUCACCACUUUCUAUAUACCCUCCACUAAUAAGAAUCCCUUAGACUUGUCUAAUUCGCUAUUCACCUUCCAUCUCGCAUCAAACCCCACGAACCAUGAAUUUAUAGUCAAAAAAUCCCCUUCUCCUCUAUGGUCCCGUUCCCCCCAUCCCCCCAUCCCCGUCUCCAUCUGCCACGCAGGAACAACAGCUCAUCAUGCUUGACCCCUCUUCACUGCUGCUGUGGACCCUGCUCCUCCUUGUCACCGCCCUUUGUCUUGCCCUUCUGGUCGCUGCCCACAUUCUUACUUCCUACGCGACCGCCUACCUAGCCGCGCCCCACGAGAUAACUACCUUUCUCGAAGCUGUAGACUCUUCCAUACAGGAGAACGAGGGAUUCGAUGGGGACGUCGAAAAGGUGCCGAGGCUGGCGGAUAAGCUGCGAUUGGGCCGAUUGCUGCGCGAGAUCCAGAAGAGCGGAGACGAUCUGCGCGAGGAGCUGAACCGCCUCGUUCUAGUCGAGGGCAGCCGGACCUUGCGUACCAGCGCGCGAUUCCUUUGGGCGGGUCAUAGAAAAGAAUUAGAAGAGAGGGUACGACGGCUCGACAUGUUGCGCAUGCGAUUCUUAGUGGUAUAUAUGGGCAUCGUUGCGACGAUGGCGGGCGACCGUGCGAAGCAGGCUGAGAGGACAACGCCGAAAGAUCCGGAGAAGGCAGCUCUGCAUUUCCAACAUCAUAUGCCUACUAGACCGUGUCUUCCGAAGGGACUGACCGAAAGCAUCAAACAGAAACCACCGUUAAGAAGGUUGACAACACAGGCGACGACAGGACACCACGAGAAGAACGAGACCCCUCAUCAAACGUCCCACCAAGCGUCCCACCAGACGCCGCACAGGACACCGCAAAGACCACCGCACCAGAUGAACUGGAUGGGUGUCGUGCAGGAACUCCAGCGAUCCCCACGCAUGCAAAAGCGGCACGCCUCGAUAGAACUAGCCAUGCGAUCGCCGCCCCCCAUAUCGCCCUUAGGUAGCCCUAUAUCGUCAACACCAGAGAUGGACAGCGGACGAUUUCGCGACGCGAUAGACUCCAUUCCGGAAGAUAAAGAUAGAGAUAAAAUAAAGACAAAGACAGAGACAGAGACAGAAGAACAAGACUUGAGUUUAAAAAAAUAAUGAGCGAUUGAGACGACCCCCUUCCCUGACGAAUACAGUACAAAUAGGAGCACGAGCACGAAUACCUACGAGCACAACAUCGCCUUAUACGACGACGAUGAUGUAUAACGAUACACUUCACGACCCUUCGAAAUUUCGCCGUAAUUCCUCUCAAUCCCCAGAAUCAGGACCAGUACCAUUUUUCUCGCCAACUAAAUCGC